AUGAAUGUUACUGUUCAUACCCAAAAAUUCCAAAACAGCAGCCCCUCCCCUUUGUUACUGUUCAUCCGACCAGUUUUUGGGCUGCCAUCACCUCCUUUGGCCACCCCAAGCGACGACAUGGGUAUUAAAAGAACUAGCACGUUGUCUUCUACCAGCCGCACAUCUCAGCCGCUGCCAACCGCCGUCUGGAUUGCCGGAAAAAGCAUGAAAUUGGCCGGUUUUUACCCAAAAUCUCCAUCGCUCAUUCGGGCGAUUCCGAGCACCAUUUGCUUCAAUCCAGCGAUGAACAGUAACAAAUGGGAGAGGCUGCUGUUCUGGAAUUUUGGGGGGAUGAACAAUAACGUUCGUAAUGGAACGUCAAAAAAACUGAUGGAACAGGGGACGUGUACAUAA